UGACAAACUGCAAACAAAGGCAAAUAAUUAGCUCGUAAUGUGCUGUAAAUUUAAUAUUUUUACAAUAAUAUUGAAUCUACAAAAAAUACUCAAAAAAAAUAGGUAUUAUUAUAUUUAAAACAAAUAUUUUUUUCAGAUUCAAAUGAAUGUCUGUAAAAUAUGUGAAGCGAAAGGAAACAAAAGAAGUUUAAAUUCAAAUGUAAAUUUAAAGUACCAAAAUUUCGUGCUUAUAUAAUUAAAUUGUUAUAACGUCUAUGAAAUCAAAAUGCAAAAAUUACAGUUGACUUUGGCUAUUAUUAAGCCUUAUAUACUCAAACAACCAUUCAUUUUGGAGCAUGUCAGAAAUAUUAUUUUAGAAAAUGACUUCAAAAUCAUACUGUCAAAAAGAGUUGUUUUGAGCCAACAAAUGGCGGAAAACUUUUAUAGGGAGCACAAAGAAAAGUUUUUUUAUAAUAGACUUGUAACUUUUAUGACAAGCGGUGCCAGUGAUGUGUAUAUUUUAGCUAGACAUGACGCUAUUGAAUAUUGGAGAAAGCUGAUGGGGCCCACUAAAGUUUUUAGAGCACAGUACUCACAUCCUGAUUCUAUCAGAGGAAAAUUUGGAUUAUCCGAUACCAGAAAUGUUUCCCAUGGUUCUGAUUCACCUGAAAAAGCAAGAGAAGAAAUUGAAACCUUCUUUCCUGAUUUCUCAGUAGACAAGUGGAUGUGUGAAGAAGAAGUUAGUUUUAGAAACAAUAAAAUUCAUUUUAUAAAAGAAGAUUUUAAACAUAUACCAUUGCUAGAAAAAGUUUGUUUACGCUCCUAG